AUGGACGCCGACUCCAGCAAAAGAAAAGGACCGCCGUCUGGCACGUCUCGGAAUUUUAAGAGAAAAAAGAGCGGCAAUGAUGGCAAGUGGAAGACUCCGCACCAGGCCCGCGUCAAGCCUCUGAAUAUCCAGCGCGGAAACGUCGAGCCCGGCGAUGUGGGCGUCUGGGUGACCUGUGCCAGGGGCAUGGAGGGUAAGGCAGCAAGGGAGCUGCAGCUCCUAUUUGACGAGUACGCGGAAAAGCUGUACGGCAUUCAGCCGCCCGAUGAUGCAUGGUCGGCCGCGGCCAGCGGCCCUGAUCCUGAGGGAGACGGCUCUGCUGGUGGCGAGGAGGAGCCGGUGGAAGAGGACAUUGAGUCGUUGGUGCAGAGGGAGAUCGCGUCGCUCAAGUCAAAUGCGUCGUCGCCGAGCCGCAUCUUCACGCCCGUACGUCUCAAUGUCGAAUGUCUCCUGUUCACGAAAACACGGGCGCCGAUCGUGCCGGUCGAGCUCGCUUACCGGAUCUGCCGCGACGCCAAGCAGGACGCGGCGGCAAGCGACGACAGCCGGGUGGUGAGGACGACCAAGUACCUCAACCGGCUGACACCAAUCACGGCCAGCGGGCGGUCCAACGAAAAGGGGGUCGAGGAAGUCGCCCGCAAUGUGCUUCCGCAGUGGUUCAAGAUGUGCACCAGCCAGGGUGGAGAUGACGCGGCAAAGGACACGGUCGUGGACGCAGAGGCGAAGCCCGCUUACUCGUUUGCUAUUCGCCUGUCCAGCCGACACCACAACCAGCUCAAGCGAGACGGUGUGAUCCGCCAGAUCGCAUCGCUCAUUGACGAGGGGCACCACAAGGUCGACUUAAAUAAGCCGGACAAGGUGAUCUUGGUGGAAAUUUUCAAGACUACCCUCGGAAUGAGCGUUGUAGACGGUGACUGGGCGGAGCUCAAAAAGUACAACCUCUCGGAGAUCUACAACUUGCCGCUUAAGGGCAAACAGCCGGCAAAGGUUGGAGCAGACGCGCCGGAGACGAAGCCAGAGGCAGAGGGCGAAAAGGACGCGGCGGCGCCGUUGUGUGACACGUAG